AUGAUCAACUCAACCCUUGUUGGCCAGUCUAUGACCCUAAUCCAAAUCGCCUCUGAAAUGCAAUCUUCGCGUCAAAUGACAACAGCUCUAGAUCUGUAUAUGGUUGCCUUGGACAAGAUGAUGGCAGCCUUGCCUUUGGAUACGAAUCCAAGAGCAAAACGCUCGCUUCGGGAUAAGCUCAAAGAAAUCAAAGAAAGAUACGAUCUUGAUCAGGUCGAAGAUGAUGCUGACAUCAAUAGCAUAUCAGAGAGUAUCAUCCAUGCAGCGAUAGCGUGCGCUGUGGCAUUGAAAAAGAGUCCGAUUCCUGAUGUUGUGACUUCUGCGAUGAAUUACGCAGUAUUCAGUAUUAACACAAUUGACAAGAUUCUCUGUGUUCGAGAACGAACUUGGCAGCUGGUGUCCUGCGGGGUGGCAAAGUUGACGCAAGUCGACCGACAUUACCAGCUUCAUCAGAUGAUCGCAGGUGCCGUGUACACCAGUGCUAUGGCGAUUUUCAAAGCAGGCGUUGCAUACACGGAAACUCCAGGAUAUAGUGAGAAAAAGGAUCAUAAAGAGUUAUAA